CGGGCCUCCGCGCUUCCCUUUCCGGUGCCAGGAGGAGCCGUGUCGCUGCCGCCUUGGUCCGUCAGGCCUCCGGCCGGUUCUCCAUUGCUCGUCUCUCCGGACUCCUCGCCGCCGCCGCCGCCGCCGCUGCGCCGCGCCUAGGGCUCGGAUCCUGCCGGGAAAAUGUCAGAUGAAUUUUCGUUGGCAGAUGCACUGCCUGAACCAUCCUCUGCCAAAACAUCUGCUGUGAGCAAUACAAAAGCUGGCCAGGCUCCUCAAGGCUGGCCAGGCUCCAACCCUUGGAAUAACCCAAGUGCUCCACCUGCUGUGCCAUCUGGACUCCCACCAAGUGCUGCAGCACCCUCCACUGUGCCUUUCGGACCAACACCAACAGGAAUGUAUCCCUCCAUGCCUCCAACUGGACUACCACCAGGACCCCCAGCACCCUUUCCUCCUUCUGGACCAUCAUGUCCCCCACCUAGUGGUCCUUAUCCAGCCCCUACUGUGCCAGGCCCUGGCCCCACAGGGCCAUAUGCUACGCCAAAUAUGCCCCUUCCGGAGCUACCUAGGCCAUAUGGUGCACCCACAGAUCCAGCUGGUACUUUAGGUCCAUGGGGAUCCAUGUCUUCUGGACCUUGGGCACCAGGAAUUGGGGGGCAGCAUCCUAAUAUGCCAUAUCGAUCUCCAGGGCCAUAUCCCACUCCUCCUCCUCCAGUGUCAGGAGCACCGCCUGUUCCAUGGGGCACUGUGCCACCGGGAGCCUGGGGACCACCAGCACCAUAUCCUGGCCCUGCAGGAUCAUACCCCACACCAGGACCCCAUCCUGUUCCGAAUAAUCCUUACCAAGUGCCUUCAGGACCUUCUGGUGCUCCACCAAUGCCUGGUGGCCCCCAUAAAGUGAAUGAAGUUCCAGGUGGCUCCCAUUCUGAUGUAUCUGACCAGGAGAGCAGCCCAGAGUCCAAUGGACAAAUCAAAGUUCUCAAGGUAGACAAGAAAGCUAUCAAGAAGCGGAAUCCCAAGAGGAAGAAUUGUAAGCCAAUAACUUGGGGAGACAUCAAGAAUUUAACUCAACAAGCUGAGACCUUGGGGAAAGAACAAGGACACAGUACAACUGACCCCAAAAUGAUGCUGUUACGUUUAAUGGCUAUAUUACAUGUUAAUUCUCAGCGUGACCCUUCAGAUCCCAAAUGACUUUUGUUGAGGGAGGUAAAGGUAUACCUGUAAUAAACAGUAUGAUGUUGUUUUGCCAUGCUAAGGAUUGUUUAAUUCUUUGGGACCAGUUGUCUGAACAAAAGAUGGUAUACAAAUAUUUAGUCACAUGAAUGGAUAUAUUGGUUGGACUAAUCAAGGAGAUCAGUCCAAAUGGAAUAAUACAGAUUUUAGCAUAACUAAGUACUCUUUCAAAAGCUCUGAGAGUGGAAAUUAUAGUUGUAUGAAAAUUUAAAAAAGGAAUUUCUGAUGUCUUGCUUACUAGAGUUGAUAUUAUUGUACCUAGAAUAGUGCUAUCUGUUGCCAAUGGCUUAGAAAAUAACCCAGCUUGAUUUGGUGCGUGUCAUUCAACAAGACCAAUCUUUUUGUACAGAGGAGACCCGUCUAUCCUGGGCUCUUAAAAAGAAAUUUAUAUGACAUAGAAGUUACUCAUGCAUUAUUCACAAAUAACAGGACAAAACAGAAUCUGCCGAUGCCCAUAUUCAUAUGGCUCCCCUGACAGUCUUGUCAGUGGUGGGUUUUUGUUUGUUUUUGGGUUUCGUACAUUGUUUUAAAUGUACUUCUAUCCCUCAUUAUUGCAGUAUCACGUCUAAUUAUACUCUUCCCUCUGGUAAACAACUGCCUUUUCGAUGCACACUUUUUUUAACAAUGCAAAUGCUGCUUGUAAUGACCUUCCUGCAGGUUUUAAAGGUUUCUGUGGGAGAGGCCAUAUUACAUCCAUUGUGUUCAGUAGAUCUUUGCAGUCGAUACUAGAAUAGAGCUCUUCCUGAAAAUUGUGAUGAUUCUUUGCGUCUGUUGCAUCCUGUGGUAGUUAGAUCCACUAGAGCGUUUUUAUUACCAGUUCCAGAAGUCAUUACUGUAAUACAAGGAGAGGUCUCAAAGAUGGCCUGUCUGAUUAGUAAAGCUACUGAUACUACAGCAAAUAUGUGAGCAGAAAUUUGUCAGAGAUGGGUGAAUUGAGAACCACAGUUUUACAAAAUAGAGCUACCAGGGAUUAUUAUUGCUCAGAUAUAGUCAUAGUUGUCGGUAAUUUUCUGGGAUGUGUUGCUUUGAUGUAUCAGAUUUUUCUCAUACUGUCAUUGGUAAAAUUAAUGAUUUGCAUAGAGAUAAUCUCACAGGUGACCUUUGAAUGGCUGUCAUGGUUAAGAUAGCGUUCUCCUUUCUUUGAUCCUCUGUUGGCUAUUCUUAUAAUUCUGUUAUGCUUACCUAUACUAAACUGGCCAUGCAAACAGUGCAUUUAACCUUGACCACAAUUUUUAUUUAAAAAUUAAAAAGGAGGAGAUGUGGAAGCGCUAGGGGAACCAGGAAUGUUAAACACACAGGGUUGUCUCUUCUAAGGAGAAGAUGUAUAACCUGUUUUCGCCCAGAAGACUGGGAGGAGAUGUGGUUAAUAGCCUGGUGACCUUUGCGCGAUAUGUGUGGUCAAGACCACACUGUUUCCUCCCCCAGACACUUACCGUGAACUUGUCAAUCUGUAAGAUUCAUCUUUAUGUAAGAUGUCAUAUGUACUUCACGAAGUGUUUCUGUGUAUUCCUGUCUUAAGCGUCAUUGUACACAUGGGACUGAGUUACUUAUCACCAGGAGACUUUUCACUAAAUUGCACUGUACUUAAAUAUGCCUAAAAUAAACUACUCAGGUUCAAACUCCCAAAGUUUGAACCAGCUACCGAAUCCUGUUGAACUGAGCUGUCUUGCCUCCUGCAGAUUGUUACUUGUGACCACUGCAUGUGGCGGGGGAAGCCACACAUGAUGGGCAGUCUGCAUCUGGCAGACAGCUACAUGUGGUAGGUGAGCUGAACGCAGCAAAAACAUGUUUUUCCAUAGAGGCAUAUGAUUAACAACAGCUGAAGUCAAUUCACUCCUAUCCACUACGCCUGGGAGGGCUAUGAAAGCAUAUUCCAAACAGUUCUGUGUCUUUUAAGACAUUGAGGCCACAAGACUUGUCUCAGUUCUUGGAGUUUUCUCACAAGCACUCAGAAAUCUCUCACAAGACUCCAGUCUUGCGCCAUGCUUUGAUGUCUCCCCCUUUAUGGUUUUUUUAAGCUCAAGAUAUCCAGGGUGCUAUAAUUUUGAGAUGUUGUAGCUAAAUCUAAUUGUUGUUUGAUGCAUGAGUAUGCUAUAAGCAAACAAAUUAUAAUAACAUUAAAACAGUGAAAAACAUUGUAAUAUUCUGCCAUGAAGAAUAGAGAUCUAGACUAUGUCCAGUACUAUUGGUUACGAUAUAUUAAUCACAAAAAUCUAGAGAGUAGCUUGAAAAGAGACUCAUAUAAUUAGUAGUUAUGGUAUCUUAUAGAAUUUUAAUAGGAACAUAAAUGUUAUAAUGCCCUAUGCAGAUAGAAAGUGAUUUAAAUCUCUAGGAAAAUUAAAUGCAGUAAUGUAUUCAGAUGUGGUCCAGGCACAAACACGGGUCAUUAGUAAAGAUAACAGGAGCUGUAUCUGUUCAUCUACAAGUUGAAGCAGAGGAGAAUGAGAAACAUAAAACCAAUACCUGUGCUCAGAGGCACUCACUGCAGAUACCCAGGUCAAAGCAGCUUGCAUCGCCAGAAAGUGAUUCUCAGGUGACCUGGAGCUCUGUGUGUUGUAAAAUAACCUCUCCCAUGGUGCUUAGGACUUUAUCUUGGCCCCGGGUGAGCACAUUUGACUUUUGGUGUAUUGCUCGGUAUCUUUUGCCCUUUAGCUGGAGGUCCUCCACCAUCAUCUCUGAUGGCCCAGGGCUGGAGGAGCCAAAGAGGAAUUCACAAUGUUUUCAUGGAUCUUUCUGCAAUGACAGACUCAUAUCCAAUCCUGAUUUUUUUUUUUUCUCCAGCCACCCAGGCUUCCAAGUCUCGAAUUAUUUAAGCCACACAGGCCCAUCUAAGGGCAGUUGAGAAUGUUCUAUAGAGAAAUGUUUUUGAGCUCUUCUAAACAUACCGCCUUGAGACAAUUUUUAAAAAAUUAACAUUAAAUAAAGUACAAGAAUACCCUUUG